GGAGACAGAACAACAUGGUGCCAGUCCGAUCAGGUUGUAUCAAGCAAGUGUUUGACAUUAGCUUGUGUUGGUCAGCAGGUGUAGUUUGCUAGCAGCCAGGCUAGCUUUAGACACUGCCAACACAUCAGCAACUAUGGCUUUUUGCUUCAGCCUUGGGUUCGCCCUGCUCUUGUCUAUGUGGUCAACUGCAAAAUGUGACCAGAUUCCCAGUGGAGUUCAUAUGGAGUGUCGUGAUCGCUACUUCAUGAUAGCUACUGAUCUCUCAUUUGCUGGGAAUGAAGCCCGCUUUGAGGCUGUUGAUGAAACAGGCAUUUACCCCAUCACAAAGCAGAAUGCAGCUGUGUGUGGAUAUACUGUCAGUGUUCUCCUUAACGGCAAUGUGGAGCUCCGGGCCUCUUACUUCAGCUGUCAGGUUGACAACAAAGAUGAUGAAGUUUUCACAUUCAGCUUCAACCUGAUUGCAAACCAUGAAGGAGAGGAGGUCACCUAUGCUUUAAGUAAGACCUGUUCUCCUGCUCUGCCCUGGUCUCCGAGAGAAGUUACCUGUGAGGCCAGUUACAUGGAGGUGUCUGUAAGGAGUGAUGUGGCGUGUCCAACUGGGACAAAGAGAGACGACUGGAAUGCUGCUGUCCAAACUGCAUAUGCUUCAGCCACGUCAGACUGGCAGGUGAUGUUUCAGAAAGCGGAGGAGCAGCUGAAUCCCAUGGAACUGUCUGAAGCUCACAAGCAGGGCUAUGUGUUUGACCUGACAGAGGGACGGCUUGUGUUUCGUGCACCAUAUGGACAACCUGACUCAUUUAGCUCUGAGGUGAAUGGUGUUCCAGUAGAGGUCAUCCAUGCAACUCUGUUCUCCAGACAAAGCUGGGUUGUCCUCAUGGUCGACCUUGUGGCUGCUUGCUCCAUGUCCAAUGGAUCGUAUGAUGAGGGUGGAUACAUGUUGUGGGAGACUCCUGUGGUGUUGCAACCGCUGGUGUCUGGUCUGACCAACACACAGGUCAACAUCGGUGUCAGUGGUGAACUUGUGGUGCAGCCUGUUGCAGAGGAGAGAGGUUACAAUGUGGAGAAGCACAAUGGCUCAGUGGAGAUCAGCAUCCCCUAUAAUGCUGAAGGAGGAUACAGGAAGAGCUUUUUGUCUGAUGAACUCUAUGAGUACUACAUCUUCCAUCUCUAUCUGGAGCUAAUCUCAGUGGAUGAGGAUCAUGUUGACUCCAGAAUUCGCUAUCACAGGACACUUGCAACUCCUCUGCUGCCAUGUCCUGUUUUUACAGAGAACCGAACAGUCCUCGAGGAACGAGUGUUCACAAUCUACCUGGGAGAUGUUCCUGAGGAUGUUGUGGUCUCUGCUGUUCAGCUGAACGAACACAAAUUUAUAWCCAGAAAUGAGAGAAGRCAGAGCCUCACAAAGGUUGUUCAUCCCAACAACACCCAUGGCUACACUCUGAAGGUGCCUUUUGAUGACUCUGUUGUCAUACAGAAGUUCUCUAAAGAAGAUUCAGCUAUGAAGCACAUACUGGAGGUCAACUUCACACUGACAGUUCUGCCUGAGAAUGAUUCUUAUUUCUACCUGACCUCAGUUAUGGCACUAUCGGAUGUCUCUCCUCCGGAGUUUGAGGCUGUCUGUUCUGAGUCUGGCAUCAGCUUCAAACUAGACCACCGGCCUUCUGACUARCUGUGGUACAUCAGRAUCGCUUCUGACSUGCUGACGCCAGAACUGGCAACCYAGAACGGCUACAUCAUGACUAACAAUAGCCAGAGUCUGCUGAUCGAGGUGCCGCUCUUCACUCAAGGAUUUGUGUACGAGGACAUUGCUCUGAAAGGAUUCCUUGGUACUUUUGAAAUCCUCAUUCGAGAUCAUGAAACAUCAGAGGUCCAGAGUUCAACCGUGAAGACGUGUCCAUUCACWACUGCRGAGUUCAUUUUGUGUUCCACUGAUGGCAGGAUGACUGUGAUGGCRGACCUGUCUCUGGCCAGCUCAAGUGGAGGAAUCCCUGCUAGAAGCAACCUCCUGAACACAUACUGUGGACCCAAAGAAGCAGACGACACCAGGGCUCUCUUCUCUUUCCCCCUCAACAGCUGUGGAUCCAUAAUAAAGCUUGGUAAGGAAUAUGUGACAUACGAAAACGAGAUUUCCUUCAGCAGGAAGUUCAAUCUUCAGAAAAAUCCAUCAGAUUCCAGCGUUGAGAUUGACCGGGUAAAGGUGCAGUGUACGUAUCCUCUGUCUGGACUCCAUCGUCUCUUUUCGGUGUACAAGUUUGAUUCUGACGCAGUUGGUGUCGGCAACAUUGUUCAUUCUACACUCUCAAAUGAAGUUUUACAAAAACCCACAAUGGAGUUCAACACAGUGUUUCGAACGCCAGUGCCUGCAACCAGACGUACCAGACCUGUGUUGGUGAAGCCUGGUCACCACCCUUCUGCUCAGCACAUCAAAGUGCCAACUUACUUACAGAAUCUCAAAAAAAGAGCUGAAGGAUCUUCACAAGUCAAAGUGAAUAUGGGUUUGUUUUAGAUUGACAAUCCU